AUGGAGGGCUCCUUCUGGAAGACUUUGCUGGUGCUGGCCGUCUGCGGGACCCCCGCCUCCCUCGCCCACCGGCCCCUGAGCUACGGGGAAGCCCUGGAGCUGGCCGUGAGCAUCUACAACGGCAAGGCGGGCCAGGCGUCCCUCUACCGCCUGCUGGAGGCCGUUCCUCAGCCCGAGUGGGAUCCCAAUUCUGAGGGCAGUCAACAGCUGAACUUCACCCUCAAGGAGACGGUGUGCCAGGUGGAAGAAGAACGUUCCCUGGAGGAAUGCGGCUUCCAAGAAGACGGGGUGGUCCUGGAGUGUACAGGCUACUAUUUCUUUGGGGAGACGCCCCCGGUGGUCGUCCUCUCCUGUGUACCUGUGGGCGGGGUGGAGGAGGAGGAGGAGGAGGAGGAGGAGGAGGAGCCGAAGGCAGAGGCGGAGAACGACGAGGAGGUGGAGAAGGAGAAGGAGGACGAGGAGAAGGACCAGCCCAAACGGGUCAAGCGGUUCACAUUUUACAAGAAAGUCAAGAAAAGCAUGAAGAACCUGCUCAACAAAUUCUUCAAUAAUCUGAAGGUCAUCGGGGUCUCCAUCCCCUUUUAAGGCAGGAUUCCCAGCCAACGCCCUCCGAUCCGAGGAAAAGCCGGCACCGGAAAGGAAUGGCGGAGGCUCUCGGGGGGGGCGAGGGGGGCAGAAUCGUUCCCCAA